GAUCCUGCUGACGGUGGUGGUGAUCUUCCGCAUCCUCAUCGUGGCCAUCGUGGGCGAGACGGUGUACGAGGACGAACAGACCAUGUUCAUGUGCAACACGCUGCAGCCGGGCUGCAACCAGGCCUGUUACGACAAAGCCUUCCCCAUCUCCCACAUCCGCUACUGGGUCUUCCAGAUCAUCCUGGUCUGCACCCCCAGCCUCUGCUUCAUCACCUACUCCGUCCACCAGUCGGCCAAACAACGGGAACGCCGGUAUUCCUUCCUCUACCCGCUCUUGGAGAGCCGGGAAACCAAAAAAGCCAAACCGGUCAACGGGGUGCUGGCGCCCAGCCCCGAGGGGGGCUGCAAGGAGGAACCCGACUGCCUGGAGGCCAAAGAGCUGCCGGGUCCGUCGCCGCGGCCCCCCCGCCCUUCCAAAACCAAACGGCAAGAAGGAAUUUCUCGGUUUUACGUCAUCCAGGUGGUUUUCCGUAACGCCCUGGAGAUCGGUUUUUUAGCCGGUCAGUAUUUCCUCUACGGUUUCAACGUACCGGCCAUCUUCGAGUGCGACCGCUAUCCUUGCGUCAAGGAGGUGGAGUGUUACGUUUCCCGCCCCACCGAAAAAACCGUCUUUUUGGUUUUCAUGUUCGCCGUCAGCGGCGUUUGCGUCCUCCUCAACUUGGCCGAGCUCAACCACUUGGGUUGGCGCAAGGUCAAGGCCGCCGUCCGGGGGGUGCAG